CCCCCCCCCCCCCCCCCCCCCCCCGCUUCUCUCCUCUCUCCCCCUCACCAGCAGCAGCACAACAACAGCCCCCACCAACAGCAACGCAACAACAGCCCAUCACAACACAGCAAAACAACAACAGCCCCAACCAACAGCAGCAACCAACAACAGCCCCAACCAACAGUCAGCAAAAAACAACAGCCCCCACGACAGCAGCAACACAACAGCAGCCUCUCCACAAACAUCCCCACCCCCACAACAACAAGCCCACCAACAGCAUCAACACAACAACUCCCCACCAACAGAGCAAAACAACACGGCCCCACAACCACAGGCAGCAACACAACAACAUCCCCACCAACAGCAGCAAAACAAACAACAGCCCCUCCAACAGCAGCAACACAACAACAGCGCCACCAACAGCACACAACAACAUCCCCACCACCAGCAAACAGCGCCACCAACAGCAGCAAAACAACAACAGCCCCACCAACAGCACAACAAGAGAGGCCCCGUUCGCGCCUCCGCCGACCGCAUUUGGAAGCCAGCGGCAUCAUGUUCGCGGCGAGCAACAAAGACCUCGGUUAA